CUCCGCAGCUCAGAGAGGGGAAGCUUCGAACGGCUGUAGAGAAAGGCCCAGGGCAGCAGCACUAUCGCAAACCUCUCCUAAAAUGCCACAGCUGGGGGAGGGGAUCUGACACUUCCCCUUUCCAGGCCUAAAAGGGGCCUCCUUGGCACCAUCUCAUCCAAAAACUAGCACCCAUCUAGUCCUGCCGCAAGCGUCGGGGGAGCCCAACCAUGGAGGCAGGGGGGUGACCUUCCUGUGGCACUGAGGGGAAGUCCCACACUGAGCUACAGCAAAUCCACUGAGCCCCAGGAGAGAACAGCCCAGAGACCUGCUUUGCCCCCUUCGCAGAGGGCAUUUUGCAGAUGGCCGGACAAAGGAACUUCCAGGAGGUUACGUGCCAUGUCUGCAUGCCCAUGACUGACCUGCCUCAACAAGCCAGCUGCACCCCCCACCCGUUAAAUCUGCAUGUAAACGAGAAGAAAUCAGCCGGGAAAGAAACGCCGCUUCUGCAUGCUGAAUAAACAGUACAGCGCGUCAUGCAUCCCCCAGCGCCGGGCCCUUUCACACCAGCACAAAGGGGAAAGCCACAGGAUGCUACAGUCACAUCUUGGCUGCUCUUUGCUGGCUCAUGGGGUCACCACGGGUGACACACGUUACUUCGCUGUACUGGAGUGUCCAUGGCUCGGGAUGAAGAUAACAGCUGGGAGCUGCCCGCCCUGGACGGUCGGGAGCUCCCAAUGGCAGAGAUAUGCAAUGCCUGGAAGGAUUCAGAGAGCAAGCCCUCCGCACUGAAUCGCACAUGCUAUCCACAGACAAGAGUCAGGCCCGGGUGGGCAGGCUUGGCUAACGAGAUGCCAGCCCCAGGCUCGACCCGCAGCAUUAUCCUUCCCCAGCACAUUCUGAGACUGCCAACAGUGCUGACUGUGCCAGUGGGCCAGCACCAAGGAACAUCCGUGUGAUAACCAGAGCUUGCAAAGGCUGCACUCCUGAGGCAAUCCUGCAGCAACAAACCAGCAUGUGAAAUCUUGCACAGAGCAAUAACCCUACGAGAACAAGCCGUGCAUACAGCCGCACCUUCCAGAGCCACCCUACGCAUAUCGCUGGGGCAGGAAAAUGAGUGGAAUGAGAGCAGAGGCCGAGUUCCUGAGGAGGUGGCUGGAGCUGAGUGAGGAGAUGUCCCUGGGAGGCGAUUCAGUGGAGAACAGCUCUGAAUUGGUCAGUGGGCUCAUGGAGAAUAACUCACCAUCUGCCCCUGUGCGCCAGGGCUGGGGAGAGCUUCACCUGGCAGCUUGGAAUGGCAACACCCACCUGAUGAAACAGCUCCUGCAGCAGGGGGCAACGAUGGAAAGCAGGGACGAGAACGGAUGGACCCCCUUACACUGUGCCACAAUGACAGGGUCCAUCACGUUGGUCAAGUUCCUGGUGCAACGUGGCGCCGUGGUCCAUGCCACAGACAGAUCGCACUACACCCCGCUGCACCACGCCUCUUGGAAUGGCCAUACCCAAGUGGCUGAGUUUCUCCUGGCUCGGGGAGCCCCAGCCUCAGCUGUGACUCAAGGGGGCCUGACCCCACUCCACUGUGCAGCAGCCAACGGUCACACCCUCAUUGUGCAGUUGCUACUACAGCGAGGCACAGAUCCUGCCAGCGGGGACAACAACCAGUGGACAGCACUGCACUGGGCGACUGUGAACAGCCAGCUGCAUAUCAUGGACUUGCUGAUUAGCCAGGGUCUCUCCCCAGACCCGGGCAGUCAUGGAGGUAUCACAGCGCUGCACAUCACGGCAGAGACUAAAAGAAGCGAAGCUCUAAGGUUCCUGCUAGCCAAGGGUGCCAACAUCAAUGCUCCAGAUGAGCUGGGGAGAACUGCACUUGCCGUUGCAUCCGAAAAUGGCAAUCAGGAGAUUGCAGAACUGUUGCUGAACAGCAAAGCUGAUGUGAACCUGAGGGACCAUGCCGGCUGCACAGCACUUCACAAGGCAGCAGCUGCCGGACACUUGGCCGUGGUCCACCGGCUGGUUAAGAAAGGAGCAGUUGUCAAUGCUAGGGACUGUCUGCAUCUGACUCCGCUUCACAGAGCUGCCUGUUGUGGGCACACUGAGGUCGCCAAUUACCUUCUGGACCAUAGAGCUGAGAUCAAUGCAGCCGGCUGGCUAAACAAAACGCCGCUGCACCUGGCUGUGGAAAAAAAUCAUUUCCUUUUAAGGGAGCUCUUGCUGGGGAAGGGAGCAAGUCUGUCCCUCAGAACUCGCUGGGACGAGACGGUGCAGGAUCUAGCCUCAGACAGGAGUGAGAGGGACGAGCGAGACACCCGCCAGAAGGAGGUCCCCUGCUGACAACUAAUUCCCAGUGCUACCAGCAGGAGACGCUGCAGCGGUGAGUCCCACCCUGUGACAGGCACCAUGCCAAACAAAUGGACAUGUGUUCUACCUUCUUGCAACAUAUUGGCCUAUUGGACCCAAUCCUACAAAAUAAUGAACAGCUCCUGCGAGCUGCUAUUCUGGGGGCCCUGUGUCCCCUCCCCAGGAAACAAUGGCAAACUGCAACCCGGAUCUGAGCUAGAUCCCAACUCCACUACGGUCCAGAGACAUGAGAACAAUUUUGUCCUUCCUCUGCUGCCAUCUUGUGAAGGAUUAGACCAAUAAUGGGCAACCUAGGCUAGUGAGUGGCCCGCAUGAAUGGUCUCCUUCAUCUCAACACUGUCAUAAACACUACAACACUGUCAUAAACAAGACGGUCUCCCGGAAUAGGGGAGUUCUGCUCUCUCAGCUUGUGUACCUACAAUGUGAGGGAUGUGCCGAUGGAACCAUAGCAGCGUUUUCAUUGGAUGCAGAGGGAGCACGUGACUCUCACAGUCAAUGUUGUGCACAAUCAGCACCCACCUCACUUCAUGUGCCCUGGCUUUACAGGCAUGUCACUUUAGUAACACCGGUAGGAAAAAAUCUACAGAGACAGAAAGCAGCAGAACCUGGCAACCCUGCACGUGGGCAACACUAAACAAAAUGUCUGGCGGGCCCCACAUAGAACUCCGAUGGGCCACCCACAGCCCACAGGCUGCCCACCACUGGAUUAGACUUUCUCCUCAUUCCAGUAUUAACAGAAAAAGGGCCUGAUCCGCAUUUGCAUUGUUCUUGUAGUGUAAUGGAACCUUAAAAGAGAAUAAAUAUACUUUA